AUGAAGGAAGGCCAGGUAGACCUGUUAAAGGUUGAAAACUGCAAUGAGUCAGAGGUGCUGCAGAGCGAGAUCAAAUGUCUUGGGGACCAAGUCCAAAGUUUGAAUGAAUCCCUGAGGACUACAGUUGAGCAGGUUCAGGCUAAAGAAAACCUGCUGACUCAGAAGGAAAUUGAGAUUUCUCAGGAGAGAGAUAACAUCCAAAAGUUGAAUACGACAUCUGAAAGGGAGCUACAAGUACUGAUGGAUCAGAUCAAGGCAAACGAGGAACAGCUGGUCACACUGGAACAUGAGGGAUCCAUACAGUCGGACAUGCUACAGCAGGAGAUCAGAGAUGUAAAAACACAACUCUCUGAUAUGGGUGACUCUCUCUCAGAAGCUCAGGAGGCACUCAAGGCGCAAAUGGUAGCAUCUCAAGAUGAGGUAAAGAUGCUAAAUGAAGAGAUUCGUGCUAAAAAGGAACAAUUCAUUCUUCUAAAUACAGAGACAUCUACACAAUCUCAAUUGCUACAGCAAGACAUUGAAAGUCUAAACAAACAAAUAAAUACUUUGAGCAAUUCUCUUGAGAACGCCAAGGACCAGGCUCUAUCCAAAGAUGAGUUGUUGGCCGAGCAGAAGCAGCAGAGCACUUUGCAGAUUGAGGCACUUGGAAAGACCAGAGCAGUUCUUGAGGAGGAGGUCAAUCAGCUGAGAGAGCAGAUUCAAAUGAAGGAAGGCCAGGUAGACCUGUUAAAGGUUGAAAACAGCAAUGAGUCAGAGGUGCUGCAGAGCGAGAUCAAAUGUCUUAGGGACCAAAUCCAAAGUUUGAAUGAAUCCCUGAGGACUACAGUUGAGCAGGUUCAGGCUAAAGAAAACCUGCUGACUCAGAAGGAAAUUGAGAUUUCUCAGGAGAGAGAUAACAUCCAAAAAUGUAAUACGACAUCUGAAAGGGAGCUACAAGUACUGAUGGAUCAGAUCAAGGCAAACGAGGAACAGCUGGUCACACUGGAACAUGAGGGAUCCAUACAGUCGGACAUGCUACAGCAGGAGAUCAGAGAUUUAAAAACACAACUCUCUGAUAUGGGUGACUCUCUCUCAGAAGCUCAGGAGAAGGUUCAGACUCAGCUAGUCAUGCUCACCAAGCAGGAGCAGGACAGCGCUGAGCAGAUGGGGCUUCUUCAGCAGCAGCUGGCAUCAAUAAAUGCAGAGCUGGACCAAUACCGAGAGACACAAGCUGUAGAAAUCCGAGUGAAAGAGGCUGAACAGGCUGCCACUUUCAGAGAAAAGGAGGCUCUGGUUCAGGAAAAAGAAGUACUCAUGGCCAGGAUACUGCAGACGGAAAACAACCAGAAAGCUCUGGAGGAACAACAUGAAGCUGUGGUGUUUGAGAAGGAUAGACUCGCUCAAGCCACGCAGGCCAUGGAGAGAGACAACAAGGCCUCUCAUGAACUGGAAUCUUUGCUACAGCAUGAGAUGGAGAUAUUGAAAAAGGAGAAGGAGAUACUCUUGAAAGAGAAAGAAAAAGCAGACGAAAUCCAAACACUAAAGAAAGACCUACAAGAACAGCUGUCGGCUAAAUCUGAGGCUGCAGAACAUUACAAAGCACAGAUGGAGAAGGCCAUGAGCCAUUACAAUGGCAAAAAGCAGCUUCUCCAGGAAAGCCAAGAGGAGGCGAUUGAACUCAAGCAAUCCUUGGAGGUGAAAGAGUGUGAAAGAAAUGCUUCUACCAUGGACAACAAGCUGCUUCAACUUGAUUUGGAGAAGGCCCAAACCAAUGAGAAAGCACUUUUGAACAGGGUGGCCAAUUUAGAGGCACAGCUGGCGUUUGCUGAACGUAACCUGCGUGCACAGAACAAGUUUCAUGGUAAUGAAGGAAGCUCGCGGACGUCCCUUUACAUGGAGGUUGCCGAUGCACACUCGAGUGUAAACACUAAAGCAAAGGAGAAGAAAGCCAUAAGCUCUGACAGCCUGGACCACAGCUCCCUGGAAGACUCUCUAAACAACACAAGAAAACUUUUAGCACCUGAUGAAUCAAGCACACCGCUUGUUCGCAGUUCAGAGCGCUUGGCAGCCAAACACAGACGUCUACCCACGGAGUCCCUGGAGACCCUGUACUUUACACCUAUAAACAGCAGACAGAUCAACAGGAUCAAUGCAGAGCACACACACGAGCUGGAUUCAACACGGAAAAAUCCAACUUCUUCUGUGAAGCGACGAAGGACCACACAGGUUAUUAACAUCACCCUGACCAAGAAAACCCCAGGUGGCGGUGAGCAUGAUGACACUUUCUACAGUCUGGCCUCGGCUCGCUCCCAUCCAGACCUCUCCAGUGCCCACUCUGCACGCCCCGUACCUAUGGAGCUGCUAGACACACCUGCCAGAUUGACCGGCCCUGCCAGAUUGACCGGCGCUGCCAGCGACCAGCUCAUCGGUCUUCCAGGCUACAGGCGGAGCACCAUGCUUUCACAGCCUGCCAGUACAUUCUGUGCAGGGGCGGAGAACGAGCCUGACGUUGGACCUGAUGAUUGGAUGAGGAUUGCCGAGCUCCAGGGCAGGAACAAGGCCGUCCUUCCUCAUCUGAAGAGCAGCUACCCCGUGGAGUCUGACCCAUGCCGUGGCGCGACUUUCCUCUUCACAGACGAAGAGCUCCGUACGGGCGACCCGUCUGACACCAUCCGCCGGAGCGUCCACCAUGCCGGGCCAGCUGAAAGAUUCUCUCGCCUCCCAUCGGCACUCUCUCAUGGUGGGACACUCGGCUGCAGCUGCCAAUACUCGUUCUCACCGUCUGUCCUUGAUGCCCGAGCUGCCAUCAAAAACCGUCAGCUCGAAAGGCACCAAGCGGUCUUCAUCUACGCUGUCCGUACACCAAACUUCGCCUGAG